AUGAAGUGUCUCUUCACUAUCGCUCUCCUGGCGACCGCAGUCGCGGCCACUGAACAGACUAUGCAAGAGGCUCAGCAGGCCCAGAUGAUCGACGCAAUGGAGGCCAAGGCUGCUGACUUCGUCAGCCUCAUUAAGCAGCAGUGCUCUGACAUGCCACCAAAAUGCCUUGACAUUGUCGAGGACGUCCAUCAGACAGCUAGCGUUGACCACCUGGACACAAUCACCAUGUCUGUUGCCACUAUGCCCUCUCUAACGGAGUCAAUCGCAUCGCCCCAAGAGCGGUUCCGGCUGUCUCCUCCGCGAGAGCACCUCUCGGCUGUUGUCCCCUUGUCCAAGGUCCAAGAGGUCCUGUGGGUCGACUACAUGAGACAGCCCUGGACUACUCACUUUCGCUAUGUCGUGGGAAAAUAA